AUGGUGAAGGACCCGCACGCGUUUUGGGAGAAGCAGCGCGCGUAUGCCUUUCCAGGCCUGUCGUGGAACAGCAUCGUGACGAAGUUCACGGUGAUGGUGACGGACCCGGCCACCAUUCGGCACGUGUUCAACCACAACAGCAAGGACACCCUUCUCCUUGACCUGCACCCCAACGCCAAGAUGAUCCUCGGGACUCGCAACAUCGCAUUCAUGCACGGCCCCCAGCACAAGGCCCUCCGCAAGUCGUUCCUGGCGCUGUUCACGCGCAAGGCGCUGUCUUCAUACGUGGUCAAGCAGGACGCCAUCAUCCGGCAGCACGUGGCCGAGUGGCUCAAGAUCGCGGGCAGCGGCAGCCCCACUGAGAUGCGGCAGCUGGUUUGGGCGAUGAAUGCCGAGACCAGCCAGAGCGUCUUCCUGGGCCCCUACCUGGAUGAUCCAGAGGUGCGCACCGAAUUCGGUGUCCGCUACCGCGCCAUGACUGACGGCUUCCUGGCGUUCCCGCUGAAGUUCCCGGGCACCGCGGUCUGGCGCGCCAUGAAGGGGCGGCAGUACGUCAUCAAGGUGCUGGAGGGCGCCUCUGCGCGCAGCAAGGCAGCCAUGCGGGCCGGGCGGGAGCCCGGGUGCCUCCUCGACUUCUGGAGUCAGCAGAUCAACGCAGAGUGCGACGAGGCGGACGCGGCGGGCAGCCCCCACCCCCAUUACUCAUCGGACAUUGAGAUGGCCUACACGGUGAUGGACUUCCUGUUUGCCAGCCAGGACGCCUCCACCGCGAGCCUCAUCUGGACGCUGACUCAGAUGGCGGAGCACCCAGACAUCCUGGAGAGGGUCCGCCAGGAGCAGCUGGCGGUGCGGCCCGACCUGGCGCGCACCCUCAGCGGGGAGGUGCUGUCGGACCUGCCCUUCACGCGGCAGGUGGUCAAGGAGGUGCUGCGCUUCAGGCCGCCCGCACCCAUGGUGCCGCAGGUGGCCAUGCGGCCGUUCAAGCUGAACGAGGCGUACACCGCCCCCAAGGGGGCCUUCAUCAUCCCUGACAUCGUGUCGGCCUGCCACCAGGGGUUCACCGACGGCAAGGCGUUCGACCCGGACAGGUUCAGCCCCGAGCGCCGCGAGGACGUGGCCCACGCCUCCAACUUUUUGGUCUUCGGCCACGGCCCCCACUACUGCGUCGGCAAGGAGUACGCCAUAAACCACCUCAUGACAUUCCUGGCGGUCGUGGCCACUGCGGCCGACUGGAAGAGGACCCGCACCCCUGACAGUGACUGGAUCAAGUACCUUCCCACAAUCUACCCCUCCGACUCCAUCUUCGAGUUCUCACCCCUGUCGCCAGCCGACCGCAUCAAGGCGGAGCAGUGA